AACAGUAUUUUAUUAGGUUUACAGUAUGGACAUUAUAAAGAAUGUGUUAUCGUAUCCAGAAAGAGUGUGUAGAAUAUGCCUUUGCGAUGCUUCAUGCCAAAUUUCUAUACUUGACACUAUAGAGGGGGAUGAUCGUACUAUUUACGAAGUUUUAUCGUUUGUUACGAACUUAAAUAUAUCUGUAGUCAAUGAAUAUCCAAAACAAAUUUGUAGUGAGUGUCAUAACGCUUUAAUUAAGGCUGAUGAGCUUAAACAGCGAUGUAUCUUAUCGGAAAACUUUUUGAAAGAGGCGCUUGCAAAUGCCGAAAAAGAGUCUCAUAUUAGCACGAAAAUUGAGUUUACACUAACACAAUUACCUGAACUGUACCAGUGUGCGGUGUGCGCGAAGAAAUACUCAAAUUUAAUAGAUCUUGAAUAUCACGCAUUAAACCAUACUUUAGAAAAACAUGAAAUUGCUAAUAACAUUGAGACUAAGCCUAUAACCAUACCGAUUACACAUAAUGAUAAUAUAAUAAUCGAAAAUAAUGAACUAUCAAAGACUGAAAUUACUUGUGUGAAAGAAGAAAGCGUAAAGAAUGAGUAUGAUACUGAAUUAGAUGCUGACACAUGCAAUAGCAGUGAUAAUAACCAAGAAAACUUUAACACAAGUUGCAAUUGUAGCUUAUCAUACAACACUGAAACUGAAUGCAAUGAACACUCAAAAGACUGCAAAAUAAAUGAUGUAGAAAAUAAAGAAGUGAAAGGCACAUCAAUAAAAUUAGUUUGUCCGAAAUGUAAUGUAAAUCUGCCCGAUUUGACGGCACUAACAUCUCACAUACAAAAGCAUAAAGAGAAAACCCCAAAGAGAGGCCUAAAAGUAACAAAAACAUACAAUCAUAAAUGUGAUAAGUGUAUGCGGAAAUUCACAAAGGAGUCUUCAUUACUUGCACAUUUAAAAAAGCAUGAAGAGAACCAACAGUUAAAAUUCACUUGCAAGAGUUGUAAGCGGGAGUUUAUGCAUCAAGCUCACUUGGAUAACCACAUAUUAUUGGUGCAUACGAGGGACAGGGGUUUUAGCUGCGAUUGUUGCGAUAAAAACUUCACCACGUUAGAAGCACUACACGUACACAAAGAAGUGCAUAAAGUAGAGAAAAAACAUCAGUGUAAGAUAUGCAAAAAGUCGUUUUUAAUGUUAUCGUCUCUGACGGACCAUUUACGGACUCAUACGGGUGAAAAGCCGUAUUUGUGUUCGACAUGCGGGCGCGGUUUCUCGCAGAAAACCAAUUUGGAACAACAUAUAAGACGACAUCUCGGUCUGAAGCCGUUUCAUUGUGAAAAUUGUGAUAAAAGGUUCGUAUCAAAGGGCGAGCUAGUAGCGCACACCCGGAAGCACAGCGGCGCGCAUCCGUUCGUCUGUGACGACUGCGGCAACGGCUUCACCACCUCCAGCUCUCUAGUGAAGCACAGACGGACGCACACAGGCGAGCGGCCAUUCUCCUGUGACAUGUGCUCCAUGAGAUUCGCCUCAUCUGGCACUCUGAAGAACCACAGGCGCACGCACACUGGUGAAAAACCGUACCAAUGUUCGUUUUGUGAAAAGGCGUUCGUGCAGCGGCAGGACUUGGUCUCCCAUGUGAGGUGUCACACGGGGGAGAAACCGUACGUGUGCACGAACUGUGGGCAGGCGUUCAGGAAGGCGUCGGCUUUGAAAGUGCAUUUGAAAAUACACGGUAAAGAGAGAGAUUUGUUGCAAGGUAUUCAGGUUCAAGUGUAGGACAGUAUUAGUAGAUUUAAACAGUAUUGUUUAUUUAGUAAUUAAAGAGGGAUUUUAACCACGAUUCUUACUAUUUCUAUUCGGGUAUUUUUAAAAAAGAAAAUGGUAUUGUUUAUUUUAAUAGUAGAAUUUAAUUCAUUAUGUUCAUAUUUGAAAUACAUGUGCAUAAUAAAAUAAUAAAUAUAGUUUAAAAUGGAAAAAACACCCAUAAAUUAUAGACUAUAGAUCAACUAAAUUGUCUCACUUGCUGAUAAGUAACUCAUUUAAUCUUGGCGAAAUUAAUUUAAUUUAAUCAAUACUUGAUGAGUGUAUAAAGUUUUUGUUUUCUGUCCAUUUUAAAGAAGAUCAAAUCAAGUCUAAAGGAGACAGUUUCACAAAUACUGUAUGUAUUAGAUGAAGCUAAUAAAAGCAUGUUAAAAAUGUCACAUAAUAAUAAAAAAGAUAUAAUAUAUUUCUAUGUGUCUAUGGGAUUUUUAUGUUGUGUCCCAUUCACAAUUAAAACCACAAUGUUCAUAUUUAAAUGGUUUAUUGUCAAUUUCACCAGUUAGCAACAUGUACAGAGAUUAGAGAGACAAUGACAAUAUAAUUAAAUAGUCUAAAACACAUAUUCUGUAUAGUAUUUUCUUGUGUUUGGUUUUACGCGAGUAUUAUACAUUUAGAAAUUAAAAACUUUUUAACCGUCCCUGACCAGUCGCUCCAGUCUCCCCGUGACCACGCUCGCUGUAAAGUGUUCGAAACGUCGGGUUAAUAAUAUAAUGAAUAAAUCGCGUUUAAAAUCCGUUAAAAAGUUUUUAAUUUCUACAUAUUCUGUAAGCAAAAUAUAUGUCUUAACUUAAGACGUGUCCAGUAUGUAUGAAAUCUUAACGUUCUCUUUUUGAAAGUUCUAUAGUCUAGCGUGUUACUUUUCUUAAGUCACAGAUAAUAGAAAAUACAGAUAAUUAAGGCAUAAACGCCACACGAGUGUUACGUUCGCAAUGAGUUGCUUGUUGCAUAAUAUAUAAUAUGACAGUAUUCAAAAUGAGCUUUUUCAAAAACAUGUAUAUACAUUCAGUAUUCUUGUAUUUGUUUAUAUAUAGAAUUUUAUAGUGUAGGCAAUAUGUGCCAAAACUUGUUUAAUUUUUUACUUUUGUAUUUUUUUUUAUUAUUAAUCCUAUUGCCAUGCCAAUUUAUUGGAUUUUGUCUCAUUAAGUAUUAGAUUUUAUACUCGACUGAAUACUAAUUCUAGUUAGGUGAAAAUUAAUAAUGUAAUUAAAUAUUUAUGUACUUUUGGGUGACGAUAUUAUGCAGAUAUUAUUGAUUAAUUUUUUUUAAUAAAUGCUUUUAUUUCAAAUAUUUUAGAAAGGCCUGAAGUGCAAAAAUGUCACUGCAUUCCACAUCAUGGAAAUUAUUAUUUACCAUAAAGAAGUAUCAUAAUUCAUAUUUGCUCAGUGUGUGACCUAAUAUUUAGGCUAACUUUUAGUUGCUAGGGUUUUGAAUCUAUAACUUUGUACCUGACCUUUAUGUUUUAUUCUGUGUGUGUAAUACGAGAUUUAUGAUAAUUUUUUCAUUUAAUUUUCUUAAAAAAUUCAAUAUUCUUAUUUUUGGAAGCAUGAGGCGAAUGUGAUCUUAUUUAUGUAUUUUAAUAUCGACCUUAUUAUUUGAUGUACAUAGGUUUUAUGCUAUCACAUAUUUUCCUACCAUAAUUAUACGAUUAUCGAGAUA